CUUCUCUGUCUCUCUCGUUCUCCUGAACUCGAUCGACAGAUUCCUUCGACUCGGAUCGAAUUUUCCUUCGAUUCUUGUUAUCUACCUUACUAUCAGGUGUUAUCAUCGUGUUCUACAUUUGAGGCGAUUGAUCGACGUUCACGGCGUUUUGAUUAUCUGGACAGACGAUACCCUGUCCAUCCAUUCCUCAAAUUCUGUCGAUUGCGAUUGUUCUUGGCAAAAUCUAGGUUUUCUGAUCUUAAUCAGGUUUAGGUUAUCAUCGAAACAAAGAAAAAAAAAGCAAAAAAGGAACAGAAGAAAAAAAAAGAUCGAGAAUUAUCCCUAUUUUGUUUCUGAUUUGGUGAUUUAGCUGAAUCUGGGGUCUCAUUACAAGUAGUUUUCAGCAUCGUAUAUCCGGGAAAAUAGAAUUCUCUUUUAGGCGUGUACAAAAUGGCCCUGAACUAUUCACAACGGCCUAUUUUUCCUGCCCAUACAUCAGAAGACAAUCUGGUUUCACCAUUGAGGAUUGUGAAUGGGUAUGUUGUGGAAGGCAUGGCAGAAAAAGGGGGAGAGGGCUUUAUUAAGCCUAGGCAUGGUAAUGGAGAAAUGCAUGAUCGUUUUGGUUAUGGGAGGGAGAAAGUUGAUAAAGGUGGCUCGCCAGAUCCCAUGUCUGUGGACAUAGUUGACCUAUUGCCAUCAGAUCCAUUUGGGAUGGAUAUUGAUAUUAGCACCACUUUUACCGCCAUCACUGGGUGGCUUGAGGAUUUGGAAGUGGACUAUGGGGCAUAUGUCAGGAACAACAUUGUGAAUACAAAUGAAGAUUAUGGGUUGUUUGCAGGUCUCAAUUUGAUUUGGAACAGUGCUAUGAGGUUUCAAUCAUUUCCAAGCACCGAGGCAUCUGAUAAUAAAGAUGGUGCAAGUUGUAUGGUUGACAAAUGCACGAUGGGAUGUCAGUUUAGAAGUUUCGAGGGUGAGGGUGUGAUUCGUCCUGUCCACUGUGCAGAGGACGUGAUGGGUUUCAAUCAUGGAAGUACAAGCUCUCUUGUCACAAAGUGUGGGGAUGAGGAUGAUUUUGGUCAUUCUUCUAAUGCAGUUGGAGGAGAUCCUCAUGAGGCAUUUGUUCUUGCUCUUAGUUAUCUGGGAACAAGAGAUCUUCUCUCAGUGGAGCGUGUUUGUAGAUCUCUAUGUUAUAACAUUCACAAUGAUUCACUAUUGUGGAGGAGUAUUUACAUUGAUCAGCCAUUGAAUGAGAGGAUUACAGAUGAUAUUCUUGUGCAAUUGACUAGCAGGGCAGAAGGCAAUCUCCGGUGUUUGACCCUCAUAAAAUGCCCAAGGAUCACUGAUGAUGGUCUGAAGCGUGUAUUGCAGACCAAUCCAAAAUUAACUAAGUUGUCGGUUCCUGGAUGCACAAGACUUAGUAUUGAGGGAAUCUUGAAUAAUUUGAAGGCUUUCAAGUCACAUAAAGGUAGUUCAGGUAUCAAACAUAUAAGAACAGGUGGGUUCUAUGGCAUAACGCAUGAGCACUUCAAAGAGUUGAAGUUUUUGUUGGGCACUAGUGGUAACAUGCACAAAAAUGAGUACAAUCCUCAUUAUUAUCAUCGAGGAAAUUUAUAUAUGCCAUCUGAUGAUGACCGCGAUAUUGAUGUUGAAGUAUGCCCAAGAUGUCAGAAUUUGAGGCUUGUUUACGACUGUCCGGCUGAAAGUUGUAGAGUGAAGGACCAAUGUGGGGAUUUAUGUAGAGCUUGCAUAAUCUGCAUACCUCGAUGUGCUCAGUGUGGUCGGUGCGUUCACAACAGCGAAUAUGAAGAAACCUUUUCUUUGGAGUAUCUUUGCUCCAGUUGUCUGAAGGAGAUGCCAAGGUGCCAAAAGGCACAAGAGAUGGAGGUUGAUGGCUAGAUGAUGAUGAUGAUGGUUUAUGUGGCAGAGUUUGCGAUGGAUGGAUGAUGUUCAAAAUCCUUUAUCUAGUUAAAAAGGGUAGUCAAGUGAGGAGGGUUUAUCAUUCUGCUAGCUGCCGUUUGAUGGAAGCUCCUAAUGGUUUAAUAUGUUGGAAGAGAAAAUUGGAAAAAAAAGUUACAAAACAAAUGAAAAUUAGAAUUUAAUAUGGUGGGUGAUGAUUGAGAUGGAUUGUGGUGUGGCAUGGCUGAUCAUGGUGAUACUGCAAAUGUGAUGUGGGGCUGUUGGUCUUCUUGAUGUAGGUUCGGAGGCGGGGAUGAGCGAUGAAUGUCGAGUACAGCUCCAAUUUUGAAGGGAAGAUUGGUAAAAAUUUCAAGAUUUUGUGUCGUAGGAUGAUAUCCGAAAGAACGAUGGUCGUUGAAGUCUUGGCCAGACGGGUUCAGGGUGGCUUGUAAUGAUGUGAUGAGCAGCCAUGUGGAAUCGGGUGGAGCUGUUGGGUUGCUGGUUUGCGCUACCCGUUCGUCUCGUGGGUUAUGCAUGUCUCGUACUUGUCCUGCAUUCGAAGGUUGAAUUUUUUAUAGACAGUAUCAUCACCGUAUUUUGUUUGAAUUUUUUUACAUGUUCUCGUUUGAUGUUCACGUUGAACUUUGAUUCAAAUGGUUUCUUCUAAUGGCUAAAAUGUUUAUA